AAAUAUCCAUCCAUCCAUCCCCUGAACCUUUCUGUCUCUAGUGUGUGUCCUGAAAGGAAAAGUCCUUCACUUGGACUUGGAAACCAUGGCCGGAAUCUGCCGCCUGAAAGCCUCCGCCGCCGCACUCAGCCACCUGAAAGCGGUGGCAGCGCCUCCUCUUAUGCAGCUUUUUCUUCGACUCGUCACCACUCGAUCCUACGGCGCGGCGGCGCAACCACAGCCACAGCAACAGCAACAGCUGGAGCACGAUUACUACGAAGCAGAGUCAAAUUCAGGGGGGUUGGCGCCAAUGGUGGAUUUGGAUUUGGAUUCGGAUGGGUCGUUGUGGAUGAGAGGAGUGCAGUGGGUGUUCAUUGGCAAUCCAGGUGCAAAGAAGCACGUCUAUGCCGAUAAGCUCUCUAAGCUUCUUCAAGUUCCUCACAUUUCCAUGGCAUCCCUCGUUCGUCAAGACCUCUCCCCUCGUUCCCCUCUCUACCAAGAAAUUGCAAAUUCGGUGAACCAGGGGAAACUUGUUCCAGAAGAGAUCAUUUUUGGGCUAUUGUCAAAGAGGCUGGAAGAUGGGUAUUACAAAGGAGAAACUGGAUUUAUUCUUGAUGGAAUUCCUCGUACACAAAUCCAAGCUGAGAUCCUUGACAAACUUAUUGAUAUUGAUCUGGUUGUGAAUUUUAAAUGCACCAAGGAUUGCUUGCUGGAACACCAUGGAGAUAGCAUCUUUUCCCAUCCUCAUCAAUCUGAUCAUUUCAGCAGCUCUGCUUCUGCAACUCUUGAUAUGGCCUCGCAGGACACACGAUCAAAAUAUUCCUUUUGUAAUACAGAAAGUGCCUGGAAAGGAAAAGCUCAUUUCUAUGCCAAGCAGAUGAAGCCAGUAGAAGAUUACUACAAGAAACAGAAGAAACUGAUUGAUUUUCAAGUAGGCAGUGCACCUAGAGAGACCUGGCAAGGGCUUUUGGCUACACUACAUCUCCAGCAUAUUAAUGCUGCCCAUUCUAGAUUGACUUCUGGAUCAAAUUGGCUGUGAUCUCCGAAUGACCUUUCUGCUGCCCUUCAGGCUUUGACAUUGCUGUAAAUAUGAAUAUUGCAAAUAGAAGAGUUAUCACCAAAGUUCCUUGGCAUAUUAGUAUAAUCCUACCUUUUCUUUUUGUUUUCUGCGAGGGGGGUACGGGUUGUAUAAGAUGAAGAUCCAAGCCUUCCCCUUGUCUCCUGUAAGAGAUCUUUGACAAUGCAAGCGUGUAAUAUAGCUUUGGCAAUUAGACUUUGCAACUUGCUAGUUUCCUGUAUUAAUUCAAGUCAUAGUUGUUAGAAUCUUACGAUUUA